UAAAAGUUGUGAAACAUUAUAACACACUUGAAUGUUCCCUGUCCAUCGUCACAAAUAUCGUCAGAGAUUUUACUCACACAGAGACAGUGGAUGACUAUGGAGACAAAUGAGGACAUUCUUUAUGCCAAUAAAGAUGUUAUAGAAUUUAAGAACCAGAAAGCUGAUUUGGGAAAUAAUCCUCAGGAUGCAGUGAUCCCAAAGAGCACAACACAACCUGUUAUUUCAGGUUCGGACAGCCCAUGGAGGAGGACCUUCCUAAUCAUUGCAGUGUGUCUGGGGCUGCUGUAUGUUCUUAUGCUGGCUGGAAGCAUAUUCCUGUUUGUCCAAUAUGUUCAGACACAAGAAGCUCAAGUGAUCAGCAAUACAGAGUUAAAAACCCAGGUGAAGAAUCUGACAGCUGAAUUAAUGGUAAGCAAGACCAAAGUGGCAGAUCUGGAGAAAAGAACAGCAGAGUUAAAAACCCAGGUGAAGAAUCUGACAGCUGAAUUAAUGGUAAGCAAGACCAAAGUGGCAGAUCUGGAGAACAGAACAGCAGAGUUAAAAACCCAGGUGAAGAAUCUGACAGCUGAAUUAAUGGUAAGCGAGACCAAAGUAGCAGAUCUGGGGAACAGGAUUGCAGUGAGUCAGGUGGUGUUUGCUGCUUCAAUGGGAAACCGGAGAAACUAUGGUCCAUUCAGUUAUUCUGUCACCAUGGUCUACGAGAAUGUCUUCAUUAACAGUGGAGGAGCCUACAACUCAGGCACAGGCAUUUUCACAACUCCUGUCAGUGGAGUCUACUUCUUCAUGUACUCUGGCCAUAGUGUAUCCACUAGGACCAUGGGAUUGUGGCUGAUGAAGAACGGCGUUCAAGUGCUAUCAAUAUUCAACCAUGCUUUAGAUUGCAAUCCAAGCUAUAUAACGGGCUCCAACAGCAUCUCCCUGGCACUGGAGGUGGGAGAUCAGGUCUAUAUACAGCUGUAUCCAUACACCUGGGUCUUUGACGACAGUACCAGCCACACCACUUUCACUGGUCAACUUCUCUUCACUCUCUGAUUUGAUUGGCCACCUAGAUUUUACCUGAUGAGUGAGGCAGCUGAUUGGCCAAUCUCAGUGCUAACCUGUUUCAUGGCAGUGUUGUAGUCCAUUUCUGUUCAGUUUAAUCAAUUUAUUCAAGAAAACAGUAGAAAACAGUAGAAAUGUACAAUUCAUAAAUGGUAUUGUAAAAAUGUUAUGGUCUUUCUAUUUCCUUCUGAAUUGGUUGAAGCAAACCACAACUAAUCCCACCCCUUGUAUGCUACCGCUACUCAUUAGUGAACACCCGUCUGCCUCAGCCAUCCCUGUCCAUGUACGGUCAAACGAUCUUAAACUACAGAAAUCUGAGCAACUCAAAGAAGUUUAAAUCAUUGAUUCAUACUGUACCUCAGUCGGUAAACAAGGCAUUAUUAUUUUUCAUUUUUC